GGAUGAGAUUCCUCAUGUCUCCCUCACCCCAAUAUAUAUUCAGUAGAUGUCAACAGAUGGAAAGCACACAGAAUUGAAUCAAUAUUUUCAGCCAUCAAAACUUCUUUUCUACAAGAAAGAAAUAAAAAUGGCUGCCUCCCCCGUCCGUCAGAAAACUAGCUUCCAUGCUCGAUCCAACAGUCUACCCUCUAGACCACAUCCAAUCAUUUCGGAAUUUGAUGAGAAUAUUUGCAGAGUAAGAGAUUCACAGGCCACCUCUAAAUCAUCUUCAUCAUCAUCAAUAGGACACAAACUAAGUAGCCUUCAGUAUUUGUAUGAUUCUGUUGAUAAGUUCCUACAACUGCCACUUACCCAACAAGGCUUGGCACAACAACGCAAUCAGAAAUGUGUCGAUGAGCUCCUAGAGGGAUCUCUCAGGCUCUUGGAUACGUGCAACUCUACCCAGGAUGCACUGUUGCAAUCAAAAGAAUUCAUUCGUGAGCUUCAAUCUGUUAUUCGCAGAAGACAAGGAGGCGUUGACAGCGAGAUCAGGAAAUACAUUGCAUCCAGGAAAGUAGUAAAGAAGUCAAUAAAAAAGGCCUUGAGGAACUUGAAGGGCAUGGAAAACAGGCGCACCUUCUCUAAUGAAGAGUACCCUGAGAUUAUCAUGUUAAGAGAGGUUGAGUCCAUCAGUCUUGCCGUGUUCGAAUCAUUACUAUCAUUCAUUUCCGAACCAAAGUCACAAGCAAAGAAAAGCGGCUGGUCAUUGGUUUCCAAGCUGAUGAACCACCACAGAAUAGCAUGUGAGGAAGAAGAAACAAAUGAGAUUGGAUUUUCAAUGGCUGAUUCUGCUUUACAAUCUCUUAUCAGUUGCAAAACAGAUAAGAUGAUGGAUGUGCAAAAGAAGCUAAACAAUUUGGAGUUGUGCAUUGAAGAUCUUGAAGAUGGAAUUGAUGGCAUCUUUAGGCGCAUGAUCAAAACUAGAGCCUCCUUUCUCAAUAUUUUCAGUUAGUGGCCUGCAAAAUCAGCCAAAAUCAUACUUUGUCAAUGGAUGAAAUAUACUUGUAAAUAUUUUUUAUAUAUAAUUCACAUACUUUUUAUGAAACUA